GCCCUGGCGAUGAGCUGAGAGCUGCUGUUGAUCAGAAAGGAAAGCGGAAUUACCUACAAGUAAAAUGCAGUCGGUUUCCUCCCGAAUGACAACAAAUAGUUGCCCGGUGAGGCUGUGGAUGCUCCCUCCCUGCAGUACCUAAAUCAGCCCUGACAGAGGCCUGUGAGCUUAAGACCCACAGUGAGGGAAGCCUCACACCGCUCCCCAGGCCAUCUCCUCCAGCGCUGAUGGCUGUAUCACUGCGAACGCAAACCUGCAUCUCCACAUCCUCGAAGCUCAGCCCCUGCUGUGAUCUUUGGAUGGUUCUGUGUGAAGCCAGGAGUUGGACUCAGUGAUCCUUAUGGGUCCCUUCCAACUCACAAUAUCCAAGGAUUCCUCUUCCCAGAGGACAGACGCUGAGAAAAGAUUUCAUUCCUGAGGAGUGUAUAGGAAGAAAAUGCUGCUAAGCUGGAAACUUUCACGCUUUUCCCAGAGGCGUUUGCCUGGCAAGUGGAUGAAUCCUUCUGUUUGUAGACAACUGCAGUUUCACUCCAGUACCCUGCCUAAAGAGAAGAACAAAAAGCCAGUUUACAAUCCUGACCUUGGAACUGAGAAGUGGGCAGGUAGCCUGGAGCAGUAUGGUCAGAUUCCGUAUCAGAGGAAGCAUGUAAUGUUGAAACCAUUCGGCCUGGAGCAACGAAAGCACAGAAGAGACAGUGAUGACAACAUCCACUUUACGGUCAGAACACUUCUGUGCCUCACCCAAGCUCCAUUUCUGCCGGGAGGAAGGAUCUGGUGGCCGCUGCCUCUUUCCACAUCGCUGCGUUUCUUCACAACUGAUUUCCCCUCAUGGCACAGUGACAGAAAGACUUCAAAGCAGUAUACAAAUGGAUUACAUUACCAUCUCCCACUUACUAAACAGCCAUAAAAAGCAGCAGAACAGAGAUAUAGCAGCCAUACAAGACUAGAAGGAUUCCAUGCCGGUGUUUGAGGUUAAAUAAUUAACAACAGAUGCUAUUGGGCUUUCUAUGUAACUGAGAGUAGUUACUCAGCCCUGCUGGCCUCGAUAAAACUAUUUGAGUGGAGCUUUCGCAACAGCCAUCCAAAAUCUGCCUGCAGAUGAUACCAAGCAAACUUAAAACUACAGGACCUGAGCCAUACAACUGGAUCUCAACAAAACACUGUUUCCACACUUCAUGCAGGUAGGUGAAGGCUUCAUUUCUGCACCCAAAUCAGCUGCCAUUCAGUACAUAUUCAGUAGAUUUUGAAAUCUUUGUAUACAAAAAGUGCAGUCCAAAGCUACUACUUUAUACUGUGGUAAGGAGUCUCAAUACUUCUACUUUCUGAAACAAUUUCCAAAUGCUAAUUGGCCAUUAAGAAAAAAACCAAAAUUUUAUUCAUUUCCCUAAUAAUCUCGUAGAUACAAAGCUCUAUUUCAUACGACAAAACACACCUUACAUUACUAAGGUUACAAUUUGUGUGAUUUCUGGUGUGCCAUUUCAUCAUGUACUUCUGAAAAUCUGUAACUGCCAACUGUUGAUAUGCUCUUUACUAGGUGUAUGAAGGCACUUUCUAUAUAGCUUCAGUGAUUUCCCAUCAUUUGCACACAAGUUUGCAUGGAUAGUAUUAGUAAAGAAAUACCUAGUCCAACUGACUGUAAAAUAUGUAAAACACUAUUUCAGUUUUCAAGUUAUUUAAAGCCAGAAAAAAAAAUUAGCAGAUUUUCAAUCUUUAAUUAAUUAUUGCAAAUAAUAGCCUAAAAGCAAGGGACAUAAAGGAUCUGAAUUACAGAACACUGUGAGACAACUGUGCUCAAUAUGGGGUAAAAAAAAUCCCUUCCGACACAAGUAUUUAUCAUUUCCCAUUUACAAUAAAUCAAUUUUACACCCCCAUUGAAUAAUAUUGGUCCUACCACAUGAUUUUUGUACCUAGUUUGUUUCAAAACUGUCUUUAUCUUUGCCCUCCAUUCUAACUUAUUUGUGACAAUUUUGUAACUAUUUGCUACAGGAAAAGUUUGGUUAAAGUCACACUGAUCGACUUUUUUUUUUUUUUUUUUUUUAAUUGUCAUACUGGCACAUUUCAUUUCAUGUAAGGAUUUGUUGUUGUGCCUGCUUGUGUCUACACAAUGUAUUUGUAGUACUUCUUUCAUAAUUAUUGUAUGAAAACAUUGUAAACUUACUAGAUGGCCACAGCCAGAACAACUCAACUUCAAAGGCAGACAAGUAGAACAAGAAAGGAAAAAACGUUAUUGUUGGAUGCAAAGAUCAGUCUGCUUGUGAAAACAUCAUCAGAAUCUUAUUUUAGCACUAAAACAAAGUCAGCGUAAGUAAAUGGUGGUCAUUUCUGAGAGGUGCCAUGCUCUGACAGUUCCUGGUGCCUUCCAAGGAAGUUGCAGGUGAACAGCAAGUCUGAAAUGCAGCCCCUAGGGUAAUGACUGGCAAUAAGAUUAAUUGGGAAAACAAAAAUGUAUAAUGAAACAAUACAGGCUACACACCCUGCUACACCUAGCAACUUCAGGCAUUGUAAAACAAGCCCAGACAUUGCAUAUUACAAGUUCUAAUUGGUGUCAAAAUGAAUGCAUCUUUGCUUCUCCCUGAUUUAAUCCCCCAGCCCUACAUAGUUCAGUUCUCUUCCUAAGAAAGACUGGAAAAGACUCCAACCAGUGACAGCCAACAUCAUGAGCUACAUAGCAAAAAUAUUUAAAAAAAUGCUAUGGAAAGACUCAAGGUACUUUUUACCUCUCUAGAGAUUCAGUUUUGCCAUCAGAGUACUGGCAGUACUAGCAGUAGGACAGUGAACUAGAAAUGACACUGGAUUCCCUGUAAAGCACUGUCGUCAUUGGCCACUGCCCCAAUCAAUACAAGCAUCACUAUUCUAACAGUAUCAAUAUGCUCCUUCCUAUGCAAUCCUUUAAAAUGCAAGUGGCUCAAGCAUAGCAACUUAAAAAUAGCUGCUAUAGGGUUAAUUUAUGAUUUUUCUACGUAAAACAAUUUUCUCCUUGGAAAUAAGUGAACAUAAGACAGUGGAUCCAGCGCAAAGUUUGAUUACCUAAACUAAUGUAUAUGCGGGAUCCCACAUGUAUGUGCUGUGAAGAGCUCAUGUACAGCUACCAUUGAAUCCAAAAAAAUUGAAGUAAAACCAGCUUUGUAUACAGGACCUUCUGUCCUGGUAUGUAACAUGCUUCCUGACAUCCCACAGAAAGACAAGGUGUCUUAGGGGUGAUCAGGAUGCCUGAUACUGCAAGGGAGAAAAGAAGCUACUUAGUGGGGAAAAAAAAAACCAACAACAUAAAAUGCUUUGUUUCCAGCUCUGGAGAUUUUGCCAAAGAUGUAAUAACAUCAGCGUGCAUCUCCAGUAUUUAGUUCCCCGCUUGGCUGCAGUCUGUGGGUGAUUAUGGGUCUUGAUCUACAUGUAUUAUCUUCUGAUCUGUAGAAAAGUACUGUUACUUUUUAUUGCCAAGGGAUGUUGCACUGUUAAAUUCAUUAAAAAUAGAGACGAACCAGCAAGACACCUUCUUUUGUCUUUCCCCUUCAGCAACUGAAAUCACAUAAUUUCAAAAUAAUCCCAUCUGUACAUUUAAAGGGAAAGCUUUUACAGUCCAAUAUUUGCAAUUGCAACAAAACCAGAAGACAAAGUGAAGAAGGCAUCACACACUCUCUGACCAAGACAUACAGCAAUAAAAUUUAAUAUAUAUAUAUUCAGAAGAGCACUUCAGCUUGCGAAGCACUUAUCCUUGUUGCGGCCCAUGGUGAGUUCAGGUUUAGAAGUUCUUCCAUAAGUUUGGUUGAACAAUAAAACUGCCUGAGCCUGGCAAACUUAGAAGCCCAUACAUGCAUUUAUGGAGUUUAUUGCAUAUGCAGCUCUUCUCACCUUUAGUCGGAUUGGAAAAGUAAAUUUUAUUCUUUGAAUAGAAUAAAUCCAUGUUAUAAAUAUAGGUAUUAUGCAGACCUCUCAAAUAAAAUCAUAAUUUAACAGGAACUCUCUCCUCUCUCCUAACAGUUUAUGUUACAAAUAAAAAUAGAGUUCACACUAAUAAGUAAAAAUCAAUGUGAUUUUUAGAUGCACAGAGCAGCACUUACCAGAAGGACGCAAACAGAAAAAAGGGAACUUUUCCUCUGAAUUAACUCAGAACAAGUAAAUACAUACAGGUUUCAGAUUAAAGAAAUUAGAGAUAUUGAACACAUUUUGAAGUAGUCAAUACCUAAAAUAUUUUAAUUGAGAUAACAUGGAGGGUUUUAUAGG